AGAGAUACCUUGUUACUAUCUCUGUUCUCUGUGCUGUCAUUGCUACAAUUCAUUCCCCUUUUCUAGAAAGAAAACUAGUAGUUGCUGGUCUUUAUUCUAGGUUUUGUUAUUUCCAGUGUUGAAAGAGUUCUAGAGAAAUGAGUGCAUCUGAAUAGAAAUGGGGAGAGAUAUCCCACCUCUGUAAGAGCUAGCUACGUUCUCUAGGGAAUUACCAAAACUUUGGUGUCCCUCUGCAAUAGCACUAUUCCUUAGUCUGCCCAAGCAGAUUCUUAGGAUAGGUGGUAAUCAGACAAAGAUGAAUCAUUGUGAAUUGAAAGUCGAUAGACACAGAGUAAGUUUGAGAGCCACCAAGGAUCUAGGAGCUGAAGGGAAGGGUGCAUCAGUAGGUAUUCUAUGUGAACCCAUUUUUUAGAUUCUUCAUUGGUACUUACACGAGAGUUCCUCAUUUUCAAAUGUAUGCUGCAGCCAACUAAUACUCCUGCUUCUAUGGCAGGCAGUAGGAUAUGAGGAGGCAGCAACUAUCAUUACCUUCUAAUUUACCUAUGGGUGAGGAUUUACCCGAGAGUAUCCCACACCACUUGCCUUGACUUGUGGUAACCUUUAGGUGCCUCCAACCCUUCUGAGUUCAACAUGAUGGUCUUUCAACCUUAUGGGAGUAGUAGGGGAACUCCUCAGCCUCUGUAUUUUCCCUAACCCACUAUCAACACUGUGUAGGUAUGGGUUUGUGUGUGUGUUUAUUUAAAAUAAUUCCUUAUAGAAACAGUGGUAAAUGAAGUAGCUCUUAGCAUUAAAAAACAGGUGAAGAAGUCUUAUGCCAAGGAAAACUGGUAGCUGCCUAACUAAAUAAAGCUACCCUUACAAUAAUGCCCACUGUCCCCACUGCUUACCCCUCACUUCCCAGAUAUAGGCCCCAUGGACUCAGAACUCUAAGGAAAGGGCUGGGGAAUGGCAGAUAUGGGAGAGGGAAGCUGUGAGGGUAGAUGAUAAGGGUUCUGUCUGGAUUAUCCCCUCCUUUGGAAAACCCAGGGCUCCUAUCAGGCCAGCAUUUCCUCCCUUCUCUCUGCCCCCACCUUCUUGUUCUUGCCCAAAGCCAGGCAUCUCGCCUCUCUGUAGGGUGAGCAGAUAGAGGCAUAUUGCUUCUGGCAGAAACUACAAAUUUGAGGAACUCAAGGGAAAUGGACCCCAGGCUACUCUUAGUCUUCCUCUUCCUCUUCCUCCUGAGCGCCUCCCAUUCCCAAACUCCCUGUGAGAGCCACGAAGUGGCUAGCAAGCUGGAAACCAACUGUGAAUCCCUUGGUCUGAAGUCUGUGCCAUUGAAGCUGCCCCCAAAAACUACCACUCUCCUCCUUCAGAAGAAUGACCUGAAAUCCUUCUCCACUUCUUCCCUCAGUCUUCUAACCCAACUCACUGAGCUCAACUUGGCUAAAAAUAAUAUGAGUGUCCUGGUGGCAGAUGAGAAACUUCCACUCCUCUCAAUCCUUGAUCUCUCUGAUAAUGACCUACAGACCCUUCCCCAACUAAGGUACUUUCUCCCCUCUCUCACAUCGCUUGACCUCUCCAGAAAUGCCCUGAAGUCUCUCUCCGCAGAAAUCCUGGCUGGUCUGGAUUGCUUAGAGAACCUCUACCUUCGAGGCAACGAGCUGAGGAGUCUGCCCCCAAACUUUCUGAAAGCAGCACGCAAACUCGAGAAGCUGGAUCUGGCAAACAAUUACUUGGAACAACUGUCAGCAGACCUGUUGGCAGAUCUUGAGAAUCUAAAUACCCUCUUCCUACAGAAUAACCUGCUCUCUGUCCUUCCGGCUGGCUUCUUUGAGAACAAUCUCUUCCUGUCUUAUGUCUUCCUCCAUUCCAAUCCAUGGAACUGCAGCUGUGAAUUUCGAUACCUACAUGACUGGCUACAGGAAAAUUGGGGUAAUGUCUACCUCUGGAAGGAAGGUAUGAAUGUCAAGGUCAUGACUCCAACUGUGGAGAGUGUAGAGUGUGAGGUUCCCUUUAGAACACCUGCCUACAACUUCUCUUUGAACUGCCCCAUCACUGUGAAUUAUGCUUAUGACAGCUAUGAUAAGUAUGAUGGGCUAACUGUGAAAGGGGUCCCAGAAUCUGAAACUACUACUAUUCCAAACACCGUCUCCCUGGAGCAUUCCACAGUCCUUAACAGAUCAAAAAUGACCAUGACAGAACUCACCACAUCCCCAAAAACUGCAGAAAAAACCACAUUCCCAAAUCCCCAAAGGUCCACCAUAUUCCUUAACCCAAAAACAGCUGUGUUCCCAACAAUGCCAGAACUCACUAGGUUAUUUAUCUCCUCAGAAGCUCCUACAAUCCAGGUUACUUCAGAACCCACUACAUUCUCAGAGAAUCUGGAAACAACCAGGCCCCCAACCUCUCCAGAAGCCAUCACAUUCCCUGUAACCUCAGAAAAAGCCAUGCUCCAAACCACCCCAGAACUUGUCACAUUUCCAGCCACAAAUUCCAUUGCACAUACUUCUCCCCUGCCUGUUACCUCCCCAAGUCUCUCUUCAACUUUAACCCUCCUGAAUUCCAAAAUUCUCCCACCAAAUGAAGCUCUAGGAAGCUCAGGUGAUCCCAGCAAUUCCUCUCCCCUUUCCAUCUCCUGCUGCCUUUUCUCUCUGAGGUUCUACAUUUUUGGAAUAGCUUGGGUUCUGGUCUCUUCCAUUGUUCUCAUUCUCUUCUUAGCUCUAGCCCAGCCCCCACCUCACCUGCCAAGGACCCAUGCUUUUAUGGAGGACAUUCCCAAACCACAGGCCACUGUCCACCUUGAGCUCCUUAAGGGGAAGGAGGUGAUAGUCCCUAGAGCUUGCCUCCUUUAUCUUGAGGGAUUAAUACCCUCCUUCCGCACUAGACUCUUUUUGUGGGUACAGUCCAAUGGCCGAGUGGGCCCUCUGACUCUGAAGAGGAAACCAUCUGCCAUAAGCCUGGGUCGAGGGGGAGACCUACUGGGGUCAGUCAGCAUCAGGUAUUCAGGUCACAGCCUCUGAGAAGUGCUUCUAUAAACAAACCCUGUCAUGCUCAGAUUCCUAGACAGAAUCUAGCAUCCUAAAUGACUUGGGAAAGAUCAGUGUGGAUGUGGCAUACUCUUCUGAAAUCUAGGGGCAGCAUAUGAAUCCAAAAUAAAAAUUUCUUCUAGUAAUCAGUUCUUACUGUGUGUAUUGGGCAGGGGUGGGGGAGAAAGAUUUUAGGUCUUGGGGGUGGUAAGAUAUACUGGUGGGGUAGUACUAUCUACAUUGCCACAUUCCCUCUCCCCAUCACAGAUUUUGAGUUUGAAGUGGUGGUGGGACAUUCAAGAAGAGAUGUCCUGAAAGCAUUUGGAGAUGGGGCUGGAUUCAAGUGGGUAACAAAGCAGCGACCAAAGAUGGUAGGAAAGAAGACUAACCGGGACACGAGGGGGAAGCAUUGGAGGAAGUAGAUAUGAAUGAAAUGGAGACACAGCAUAAGGAGGGAAAAGAUUGAAUUUCUAAGUCACAUGCAUUAACAUUUUUUUUUCAAUUGCAGAAAAGUUUAGUUUUUUCUGAAGUUUGAACCAUAGAACUCUCUUGAUGCUCUUUCCUCUACACCACAAUGUCUUGGUGUGAUAGGCUUGGGAUACCCCCCCCCCCCCCCCAAGUAGAAUCCUUUGGGGGAGAGAAAAUAAGUAGAUUGUUCCCCUGGAACACUAGGGUCCUCCAGUGCUAACUUCCUAUUCCCCCAGAAUCUCAAAACAUUUUAUCUCCUGGAAAGACUCUCGUCUCGUUACCUUCCCAAAUGAGUCCCAACAGACCUUUCUCCUUUCCUUGAGACAUCCUCUUUCCUGACCACCUAACCUCCUCUUCUAGCACCCAGCACAGACGGAACAAAUAUUUAGGAUUUCAGCCCACAAUUAUCUCCUGAGAUCCAGCCCCACAUCUCCAACUGCUUUCAAGACAUCUCUUCUUGGACACCCCACCACUUCAAACUCAAAAUUUCAAAAUCCAGACAAAUCACAAUGUCCCCAAACCUUCCACCCACCUCUAUUUAACUUUACUUUUUAAUGCCAAAGGAAAUACCAUCCUCAAAGUCAUCCAGGCUGAAAACAUCAAAAUCCCUUUACUAUGGAAUGUUGCACCAGGUUCAAGCCUGACUUCUUACACAUUGAUGUCAGAGGUUUUAAAAAGGUUAAUGUUUAUAAAAAAAAAUUAUUGUCCUCUUCUGUAUUCUUAAAGACCUUUCAAUGAUCACCUUUAUUAACUUAAUUUUAGUUUGCAUAUGGGUUAAGGAGCCAAUGAUCAUAUCCACAUUUGCACCUUCACAUUUUGCAACUGCAAAAAAAAUCAACAAAUGUUUAUCUUUUACAGCUACAAAAGGCUAAAAGAUGUUACCCCACAGUUUAUCCUUUAUGCCCGUUUACCUUACCUCUUUACCAACUGGCUAUAGCAUAGAAUGCCUUGUCUGAUGUUAUUAAUAACAACCACAGAACAUCAGAACUAGAAGAAGCCUGUAAGAACAUGGAGCCCAAUCCCCUCAUUUUACAGAUGUGAAAACCGACACCCUGAGAUCAAGUAAUGUGCUUGAGCUCACACAGCUAGUUUUAAUCUUAUGCUUUGUUUUUAACUUAGAAAAGAGGUCAGUAGAAUAUUUACUCUCCUUCCCCAAUGCCAAUGUGGUUUGUUCAAUUUUAGGUUGGAACUGUUCCUUUACCAUACUUUGGGCUUCUUUACUUUCCUGGUCUAUAGGAAGCCUACUGCUCCAUAUCUCCAUCUAGGAGUGGGUCUUAAGAAGGCUUCAGGUUACAUCAAAGUGCCCACAAGGUGCAAAGGUAACAAAAGCACUGUCCCGGAUCAAGAGACUUGGAUUCUAGUGCCUGCUUUGCCACUGUGUGACUGUGAAGCUUACUUUCUCUGUCUAGGUCUCAAUUUCCUCCUCUAUAAAAUGAGUGUUGAAUUGAAUGUGCUCAAAGAUCCCUUCCAGAACUGAUUCCAUUACUUUGAUUUGCUUACACUAUUAAAAUGUUGAUAAUUAUAACCUAGCAGAA